GUAGCUAGUAGCACGUGCGAGGGCGAUAGACAAGCGGGAGCGAAUCCAUCCAGACACAUGACUGAAUCCCCCGACCCUUCCACCCCUCCUUCUCCAACAGCGCAUGAGCCAUGUGCGCGAUGAACACGUUGGCAUCGUGUCCCCACACACCGUCACACGUCACCACCAGAGGGCAGAAGGUCACGCGGGAGUCGCAGACGGCCGAGUGGUAUUUCUUCUUCUUGGCGGUCUCGUGCUGCUUCAGGAUGGAGUUGGUCGAUCGGUUUUUGGAAGCAUAAGACGGUGCGUCAACAUCAGUGAUGCAGAUGUCGAACAACGCAGCCGCCUGCCGAUCCCACACGCCCCGAGCGACGAUGUUCGCCCUGACCCCGCCCUUCCCCUCCUCUCCCUCCUUCAACACCACCUCCCGACGCACACCAGCGUCCCCCCAUGCCAUCCCAAUCAGCUCGGCAAAAGUGUCCCGCAGCUCGUUGUGGCGACGAAUCACCAGGCCGUACCGCUUGCAGCACAGCGCAUGGUCGACGGUGAGGGGCUGGUUGCAGUGGUCGCAGCGUGCAGCGAGGCCAGGGGGGUGACGGCCGUAUCGCAUGUUGAGGGCAUUUCGAAACUCCGCAGCAUCAAGACCAGUGUUGUUGUCUGUCGAUGGGAGGGUGGUCAUACAGCCGGACGUCUUGUAUUCGGCGCUGCGGGAGAGGACGUGAUGGCGCCGGCGGUCGAUGUGUGGCAGGGCGGCCUCCCUCUUAAUUUUGUGGACGACGUCCUGCUGCUGCUUGCUCUUGGUGAGGGCGUGGCGGAUGGUGGCACGAUGAUCGCCAGGGUGGAUAGGAGCCUUGCCUUGGACGGACUUGGAGACCACCUUGGUGCUCGCGCGGGAAGCGGGAUAGGCGGCUGCAGUACGGUCGAGAGGGUCACGUAUGCCGGUACCGCCAAAGCGGGCAGGCAGCAGCAUCAGGUCGACCUCGGACGGCGUUACAGGGCCGCCGAGGAGGGCCGGCAGCAGCUCCUUGGCGAUGGCCUCGCGGAGGGGGCUGAGAGCGCACUCGUCGGUGAGCACGACACGAAAGACGUAGUCCCACUCCAUCUGCAGAGACCUCGUCAUUGCCGCGUGGGCCGUGUGCGGGAAGUUGCAGGCAGCAGACGCGUGCGCGCGCACGCCGUGUACCCACCCCUCGACCUUCUCGCCGAGGAACACCGCCCUCCUCCCCUCAUCGCCCAGGUAGCCGCCCAGAAACCUCUUGCCCGUGACGAUCUGCACCCCCUCGGGCUCGAAGAGCUCCCUUGCGAUCUGCUCGAGCUCGGGUUUGACGACGAGGAAGGACUUGGCGGCCUCCGGGUGAUAGCCGUAUGAGGGACCAAUGCGACGCAGCGCUCGAAACCACACGAGUAUGCCGUGAAGUUUGCCGAGCGCCGAUGAGCCAUCUGCAUACCAGCACUGCCGCAGCGAAGCGCCAGAUGAAGAGGCCGACGAGGCCGACAAACUCUCUCUGUCCUCCUCACCAACUCCAACACCUUCUACAUCAGAACACACACAUUCACCCGCACCAUCCCCCUCUGCUUCUGGUGGUGUGUCACUGGCUUUUUCUGGCUUCUGAUGGCGCAUUUUUGUUCUCGUCCGUGUCUGACCCAAACCCAUCGCUGCCUGACUCAUCCGAUGCCCCACUCGACGGCAUCUCAUAUCCCUCCUCAGCGCAGGCAGCCCGCAGGGCAUGGAUGAGGGGAAGGCUGCCGCAGGCGUAGACGAACAUCGCCAUCGAAUCGCCCUAUGUGACGCCUUCACAGCUCCACAGACAGCCGGCUGAGCCUUGCAGAUGGAGUGCAGCAAACCCUCGGUAGGUGUUGAACACAUUUAGUGAGAGCAGCGGGGCCACAGCACGCGGGUGUUCCAGAUGGCAGCAGGCCGACUGAUGCGAUUGAAGACGUUGCUCGCGUCCACCAGCAGGAGCCCCUCGGUCUCGUCCUCUUGGAAGAGGUCAUUCACGGCGUGCACAGCCCCCUCGAGGCCCCCCUUCACACCGAUGCACAGCUGAUCA